AUGUCUCUGGGAAAUAUCAAUUUUAGAGCGGAAGUCGAAAGCCAUGUGGAGUCCCACCUGAUUCGUCCGACUCCCGCCCAUACGAAUACAUACGAUAAUAGUAUGAAGAACGGACUGCCCAUGAUCGCGGUUUCACCAGUUCAAGGCAAAUUCACGUCUUUGCUUGCGUCUAUGAGCGGUGCGAGCAAUAUACUGGAGAUAGGCACUUUGGGAGGCUAUUCUAGCCUCUGGUUUGCCGAAUCCAUCAAAGGCAAAGGCAAAGUUACAAGUAUUGAGGUCGAUAGUCACCACCGGGAGGUUGCCAUACAAAAUCUCAAGUUUGCAGGAAUCAACUGCCCUGACGAGGUUGAUAUCAUUCUUGGAAAGGGUCUCGAUGUCUUACCAGUUCUGGAAAUGGAAAUCCGGGAUGGAAAGAGGUCACCUUUUGACUUCAUCUUCAUUGAUGCUGAUUGGGAAAAUCAGUGGAAUUACUUCGAUUAUGCUGUUAAGCUAUCGAAAGGCAAGGGAAGUGUGAUAUAUGUUGAUAAUGCUGUGAGAAAUAUGAUCGAGACCGGCAUUGUUGGAAAGUCACAAGAGGUAGAAAGCACUGAUCUAGUGGCUAAAGUUGGAAAUGAUAGCCGUGUUGAGGCUGUCGUCAUGCAAACCGUCGGAGCCAAAAGCUAUGAUGGCUUCUUAAUGGCUGUCGUAAAAUAG